GUUGUAAAACAGAUGGAGUGGGAUUGUGAUUUGUGGCAAACAACUACCAAAAGAAAUCCCACAAUAUGAAUUCCAGCCAUUCCUUACCUUCUCUCUCUGUCAUUAAGAUCUGCUUACGUCGCACUCACGCUCUGUACUAAUUACAGGAACCCACCUAGCCUAGACACAGGUUCAUGCAUCAUGCCACCAUUCAUUAUAGAUAAUAAUGUCCCUUGAGAUAUCCGUCUCGGGAUAAUACGCAGGCCCCACCAUAGAGAACUUAAAACCUUAACAUUUAUAAGGGUCCCAAGUAGUCAGAUUAAAUACCUGGGCCCAGAUUCUGUAGGCCAUGGGGCUGUGAACCCUAGAAUUGAUCUGCGCCGUACUUUCCCUUGAUUAAUGGCCAGGAUCUGCCGACUAGAUCUAGAAGAGAAUCAAUAUCUCAAUCCUUGGUAAAUCGGACUGUGUAAUCCUAGUCACACCAUGGAAUUGUUCUCAGCCACUAGUUGGUCUCAUGCGAAAAUCACCACAAACAAUUCUGACUCCUGAGCCAGACAGAUUCUAUUCAAGUUUUUUUCUGUCCAGUAACAGAAAAAAGGAUAUCAGAUCCCUGUACUCUCAGGCCUUAAAAGCUCAGUUGGGUUACUUAUUUUUGCCUUUCCUCGCUGUUAAAAAACCAGAGGGAAGUUGUGAUUUCGUUGUAGAAUACUUUUGGGAGUAUAAAAUAGGCUAAUGCUGGAUUUACAGAUGCAUAACAUUGUUUUUUGGAUUUUGGGUAUUAUAUUAAAUUGGAGUUUGAUCUGAUUUUGAUAGUUUGUCGGCCUUGUAUAGAAAGGAGAGAGAGUACAGGCCAUCAAACGAUAAAGAAAAUGGUGAACUUAUAGAUAGAGCUGUAUUUAGGGUUGGGUUCCGAGAAAAGCUAUAAAUUUGUUUGGCGGCGGUGAAAACAACGACGAUUACAAAAACAGGACAUUGAUAAUGCGGACUCUCUGUGAUAGCUGUGAGGCUGCAGCUGCCCAGUUCUUUUGUGCUGCUGAUGAGGCUGCUCUGUGUGCCCAGUGUGAUGAAAAGGUCCAUAGUUGCAACAAGCUGGCAAGCAGGCAUAUAAGGCUGCAACUGCGAGAGUCCUGGUCGGUACCACGCUGUGACAUUUGUGAAACUGCACCAGCUUUUCUGCAUUGUAGCAUUGAUGGAUCAUCCUUGUGCCUCCAAUGUGAUAUGGAUGUCCAUAUAGGUGGGAAAAGAACCCACCAAAGGUACCUGUUAUUGGGGCAAAGAGUCGAGCUUCCAAAUGGACUCAACUUGCUGGAGGAAUAUGGGAACGGAAAAACCGUGGAUACAGGGAGAGCCUGGCAGAAGAAAUAUUGUCAAGAGCACCUCCACAGUGUAGCUCCAUGUCAUAAAACUAACGUUGAAUCAAAUGGGCACCUCAAUAACGGUACACCUUGUAAUAAAAAAAAUGUUGAGCCCAAUGGUUCAAAGGACUGAAUUUUCUUUUAUUCUUUCUCCUUUACAACUCCUCUUUCUCUGAUAUGCUGCAAAGAGGCUUUAAAAUUGGAUGAAAAUUUGUUACUGCACUAUACCAUUGACAAUGACUGUGGAUAGUUUUUCUAUCAUGUUAAUUAUGCUUUCUGUCAUCCCACAGAUUUGAUGAUGGGGUCUUAGCUUAUUCUGGGAACUUUGUGAAUGAAAACUAUGUAAUAAAUAAACUGAUUUUGCUGCGUUGUGUAUAUGGUUUUAAUAUUAACCAUUAAUCAGAACACAAAUUUCUUUUUA